AACAAAGAGAUCGAGGGUUUGCAGUGGAUUGCGAUUCCCCCGCGGACGACGCUCCCGGAGGUUCUUUGGAGUCGGACGCGACUCCUUUUCAGACUCCGUCGGGUAACGUGGACGAGCCGGACGCUGUAGCCAUUUUGCCCACACCCAGCGACAUCUUGGUCUCCUACUCAACUUUUCCAGGUUUUGUCUCCUGGAGGGAGGCGUCGAGCGGCUCGUGGUACGUGGAGACGCUGGACAGCGUGCUGGAGCAAUACGCCCGUUCGGAAGAUCUGCUGAACAUGUUACUGCGGGUGGCAAACGCCGUCUCUGCCAAGGGGAGGUACAAGCAGAUCCCCGGCUGCUUCAACUUUCUCCGUAAAAAAUUCUUCUUCACGUGCAAAUGA